AUGGACGAGACGCACAUAAUCCGCGGACCGCCGGCUCCAGAGAAUCCCGGCAUGGGUACCCGUUCGCUCGGUGAACUGUGCCUAAAGUUCCUACGGGAGUUUCCGGAUACCAUCACGAUGGUUAACGGUGUCACCGGGGUCGAGUUCUCCAAUGCGUACAUUCUGGAGCGUUCGCUCGAACUGGCAUCAUAUCUGCGCGAGCACAACAUUCAGCGGGGCGAUGUGGUGGCGAUAGUGUCCGAAAACCGUAUCGAGUACGUGAUCACGAUGAUUGCCCUGUUCCUGAUCGGUGCCCCAGCUGCCCUCUUCAACCCGACCUACACCUCGCGUGAACUUGCGCACGCCCUCAAUACUACUCGACCGAAGAUGGUGUUUGUGUCGGGUAAGGCCAGAGCAACCCUGUUCCAAGCAUGUCGAUCCGCUAGACAACCUAUUAACAUCAUUUGCUACGAUAAGGCCGAACGGAGCAACACCUACGCGGAUUGUUUGAGGCGAUCAAGUAAGCAGUUCAAGGAGCAACCAUUCCAUCCCGAACCGUGCGAUGUCACGUCCGAAGUGGCCGCAAUUGUUAUGUCCUCCGGAACUACCGGACUCCCGAAGGGUGUUCUUAUCACGCAUGAGAAUAUCAUGGCUAGCAUGGCGAAUCUCCGAGCGGCGAUCGUGUCGGGUCUGGAACUUCGAAGUAUCGUGGAAGUCUUGCCCUGGUACCAUGUUGCUGGUGGUAUGGCUAUGCUGAACUACCUCAGGUCAAACCUUAAGACGGUCUUCCUGCCCAAGUUCGAGCCCCGUGCGUACUUACGCUGCAUCCAGGAGCAUCGCCCGAACUUCCUUCACAUUGUGCCCCCGAUAGCGGUGUUCUUGGCGAAAGACCCCAUAGUAGACGAGUACGAUCUGUCCUCUGUGCAAACGAUCGCAUGUGGUGCGGCCCCACUGAGCAAGGAGGUGGAGGAACUAAUCUGUGCGCGACUCCAAGUUCCUGGACUGCGAAUUCGGCAAGGAUACGGUAUGAGCGAAACAACACAGGCCAUUACAUUCUACGACGGUGAGGCUCUCAAGCCGGGUAGCAUCGGUAAAGUGAGGUCCGGGCAGCUGGCCAAAGUGAUCGAUCCGGACACGGGUCGAGCCCUCGGACCGAACCAACAAGGCGAACUCUGCUUCAAGGGAUCGCUCAUCAUGAAGGGUUACAUCGGCCAGGAAGGAGCGAUCGACGCGGACGGUUGGCUACACACCGGCGACAUCGGCUACUACGACGCCGAUCAGGACUUUUUCAUCGUCGAUCGCCUCAAGGAGCUGAUCAAAUACAACGGAUUCCAGGUACCACCGGCCGAGCUAGAGGCGCUACUACUCUCUCACCCAGCCGUAAAGGACGCAGCCGUCAUUGGAAUCCCCAACGAACGCACCGGUGAGCUGCCGAUGGCGUUCGUAGUGCAGGCAGACGAGUCGAACGUGAGUGAACAGGAGUUGAUCACGUUUGUUCAGGCAAAGGUUUCGAACGCGAAGCGACUCCGGGGUGGAGUCCAAUUCAUCAGUGAAAUACCCAAGACGAGUAGCGGUAAAAUUCUAAGGCGUACAUUACGUGAGCUGGUGAAAACUCAAUCAAAGUUAUAG